CCUCUCCGAGAGUCUCGUGGACAUGUAGUGCGUCUGACAGAAAAGACACUGGGGGGACCGUGUGCCGAGACAGGAAACUUUAUGUGCAUUUCUGGACGAGGAACACAGAUAUAUCGGCAGCUGUGGGACCCAGACGCUAUGUGGUGGGGGAAAAUGUUGCCUCCUUAAAUAGAAGACCUCUCUGGAGCGGGGACUCAGAGCUGCUACCUCGCGUGAGCCCCCCAUCCAAGACACGGAGGAGAGAUGGUCAUAAAAUGAGUUCCGGGGUGAGCUGCUGAGUCAGAGGUGGACACAAGGAGACAAAGCCAGCAACUGCAGGACCUCGAGGCUCCUCCUGGGCAGACACGGCAAGAUGAGCUUAGAAACUGAGGACAAACGGGCUCGCACGCGCUCCAAGGCCCUCCGAGUGCCCCCAGAACCCACAGGUGCCGACCUCAGCUGCCCCACCCCAGGAUGCACUGGCUCAGGACACAUCCGGGGCAAGUACUCCAGACACCGCAGUUCGCAGAGCUGCCCGCUGGCCAAGAAGAGGAAGCUGGAGGGUGCCACGGCCGAGCACCUGGCGUCCACACGGAAGUCCCGGUCCCUGAAGCUGGCGCUGGACGAGGGCUGUGGCGCGGACACCGACGGCAGCGAGGACGCCGAGGUGAAGGACGCCUCUGUCUCGGAUGAAUCGGAAGGAACUCCGGAGGAGGAUGAGGCUGAACUGCCAGGACAGGAGGAGAUUCAUCGUCCCGAGCCAGCUGAAGGAAGGAGCCCUGUCAAGUCCCACUUCGGAUCCAAGCCUGUCGGCAGCUCUACGGGCCCCGCCAAGGGCAGCUACAGCAGCUACCAGGAGAUCAUUGCCACUUCUCUCCUCAACCUGGGCCAAAUCACUGUAGAGACUCUAGUUGGGGAGGACUUGGGCCAGGUGGCUAAGCCGGGCCCUGGUGUUGUGCACCUGGUUCAGGAGGAGGCUGAGGAAGGGGCCACCAGUGACGAGGGGGAGAAGGACGUGUUCCUCCGGCCAGAGGCUACAGAGCAGGUGGUGGGAGUCACCAGGGAGCGCCCCCAGGAGCUCGGUCCCCAGGCCGUGGAGGGUGUGGCCAGUGAGGAGUCCAGCAAGAGGAAAGUUGCUCUGGGUAACGAGGAAGAGGAAGAGGAGGAGGACGAAGAGGAGGAGGAGGAUGAAGAGGAGGAGGAAGAGGAGGAGGAGGAGGAGGAGGAAGAGGACGAGGAAGAGGAGGAGGAGGAGGAGGAGGAGGAAGAAGAGGAGGAGGAAGAGGAGGACGAGGAGGAGGAGGAGGAGGAAGAGGAGGAGGAGGUGGCCGCUCCUGAGGUCAUCUGCCAAGAGGAUGCCCCCCUUCCCCCCAGCCAGAAGGCCCCUGAAGCCCGGCCACUGGCCUCGCCCAGCCCCAAGCCUGAGUACUCUGUCCUGGGGGAGGAGCGCUCUGACGACGGCCGGGACGAAGACGCGCGCUCCCAGAAGUCCGAGGUCACUGACGUGUCGGAGAUGUACGAUGUGAUGACACGUGGGAACCUGGGUCUUCUGGAGCAGGCUAUUGCCCUAAAGGCUGAGCAGGUACAAGCCGUCUGUGAGCCCGGCUGCCCGCCCACCGAGCAGGGCCAGCUGGGCCCUGGGGAACCCGGGAAGGCAGUGAGGCCCCUGGAUGCCCGGAAGAACUACUGCAACAAAGAUCCCUCAAGAGCUGAGAAACGUGAGAUCAAGUGUCCGACUCCAGGCUGUGAUGGCACCGGCCACGUCACAGGGCUGUAUCCUCACCACCGAAGCCUGUCUGGUUGCCCCCACAAGGACAGGAUCCCCCCAGAGAUCUUGGCCAUGCACGAGAACGUGCUCAAGUGCCCCACCCCCGGCUGCACCGGCCAAGGCCACGUGAACAGCAACCGCAACACUCACAGAAGUUUGUCUGGAUGUCCCAUUGCUGCUGCUGAAAAAUUGGCCAAGUCUCAUGAGAAGCAACAGCCUCAAACGGGAGACCCUUCCAAGAGUAGCUCCAGCUCCGAUCGGAUCCUCAGGCCUAUGUGCUUCGUGAAGCAGCUUGAAGUCCCUCCGUAUGGAAGCUACCGGCCUAAUGUGGCCCCUGCCACCCCCAGGGCUAACCUGGCCAAGGAGCUGGAGAAGUUCUCCAAGGUCACCUUUGACUACGCAAGUUUUGACGCUCAGGUUUUUGGCAAACGCAUGCUUGCCCCAAAGAUUCAGACCAGCGAAACCUCACCUAAAGCCUUUAAAUGCUUCGACUACACGCAUGAUGCUGAGGCUGCGCACAUGGCUGCCACGGCCAUCCUGAACCUCUCCACGCGCUGCUGGGAGAUGCCCGAGAACCUCAGCACAAAGCCACAGGACCUGCCCAGCAAGGCUGCGGACAUCGAGGUGGAUGAAAACGGGACCCUGGACCUGAGCAUGCACAGACACCGCAAGCGUGAUGGUGCCUUCCCGGGAGGCGGCCCCGGCGUGAAGGCCCCCGACGCCUCCCAGCGCCAGAGCAGCGUCAGCGCCGCCCCCAGCAGCUCCAUGGCCUCACCCCAGUGCAGCCAGGCCUCCCGCCAGGACGAGUGGGACCGACCGUUGGACUACACCAAGCCUAGCCGCCCGCGAGAAGAGGAGCCCGAGGAGUCAGAGCCAGCAGCCCAUUCUUUUGCUUCUUCUGAAGCAGAUGACCAGGAAGUGUCAGAAGAGAGUUUUGAGGAGCGGAAGUACCCCGGGGAAGUUACCCUGACCAACUUUAAGAUGAAGUUUCUCUCCAAGGACAUAAAGAAGGAGCUGCUCACCUGCCCCACCCCUGGCUGUGACGGCAGCGGCCACAUCACCGGGAACUAUGCCUCUCACCGCAGCCUCUCUGGUUGCCCUCUUGCUGACAAGAGCCUCAGAAACCUCAUGGCUGCCCAUUCUGCUGACCUCAAGUGCCCCACCCCCGGCUGUGACGGCUCCGGCCACAUAACAGGGAACUACGCCUCACACCGAAGCUUGUCAGGCUGCCCUCGGGCCAAGAAAAGUGGAGCCAGGGUGACGCCCACGAAGGACGACAAGGAAGACCCCGAGCUGAUGAAGUGCCCUGUUCCCGGCUGUGUGGGGCUCGGUCACAUCAGUGGCAAAUACGCAUCCCACAGAAGUGCGUCAGGCUGCCCAUUGGCUGCUCGGAGGCAGAAAGAGGGUUCCCUUAAUGGCUCCCCCUUUUCCUGGAAAUCACUGAAGAACGAGGGGCCUACCUGCCCCACUCCGGGCUGUGACGGCUCUGGCCACGCCAACGGUAGCUUCCUCACCCACAGGAGCUUGUCUGGCUGUCCCAGAGCGACCUUUGCUGGAAAGAAGGGAAAGGUCUCAGGGGAUGAGGGUCUCAGCACCAAGUUCAAGACGAGUGAUGUACUGGAGAAUGAUGAGGAGAUCAAGCAGCUGAAUCAGGAGAUUCGUGAUCUGAAUGAGUCCAACUCUGAGAUGGAGGCCGCCAUGGUGCAGCUGCAGUCCCAGAUCUCCUCCAUGGAGAAGAGCCUCAAGAACAUUGAGGAAGAGAACAAGCUCAUCGAGGAGCAGAACGAAGCGCUGUUUCUGGAGCUGUCGGGCCUGAGCCAGGCCCUUAUCCAAAGUCUCGCCGACAUCCGCCUUCCGCACAUGGAGCCAAUAUGUGAGCAGAAUUUCGAUGCCUACGUGAACACCCUCACUGACAUGUACUCUAACCAGGAGUGCUACCAGAACCCCGAGAACAAGGACCUCCUGGAGAGCAUCAAACGGGCUGUGAGGGGCAUCCAGGUCUAGAGCUCAUCAUCCAGAAGCCACCCCACCAAUCAGGACACCUGGGGCACCCCGACUUGGCUCCAUCGAUUACCUCCCUUGCCCUGCCCCCGCGGUGGAGACGCCCAACUUGCAGCGACCAGUCGGCAGCCCAGGGCGGGCUCAUCCAAAGGGUGCCUGGAAAUCCGUGUCUUUCUCACCGUGCUUGCCAGGCUGGAGGCCUUGACCUCCCCACACGAGUGCAGGGCAAGGCACGGCGUAUUACAAAGCGAUUUAUUUUUGUUUUUUGAAAGAGAUCUGAAGGGCAGCUCCAAGUCUCCAGUGGAAGCUCAUGGACAAGGUUCUCAGGGAAGUUUCAGACUUUGCAACCACAGUAUUCCUUUGUCUGUCGAGGCUGGGAGGGUAGCCGUGGGCACGGGGCGGGUGGUGUGGGUGACACGUCAGCCUGGAGCACGCGGCCAAGGGUGCGCGUCUGCUCGAUGAGGUCUAUGUGGCAAGUGUGUUUUCUGUUUUCAUUUAAUUUAGUUUUGUCUUAAGGACGGAGUAAAGCACCGUUCCAGUGGGUUAGAAAUAGACUGGCAGCCCAUGGUCAACGCGAGGGCUCUAACCUGGGAUGCGCCUGGAUGUUCCACAGGAGAGCACCUCACACAUCUGGGGGGUGGCACCUGCACAGACACGUACAGCUCGGGGUCACGCUCCCUCUCGGGGCUGCAGCCUUCGGAUCCAGGGCUAGGUCAGGGCCAGGGUCUCCGGCUCUCUGUGUGUCCACCGUGCCCGUGACCUGUCACUGCCGCAUUACCCAGGUCAUGGCUGAGCUCGAAUGAGGUGGGGACGGCGUCAGCAGGGUCAGGGAUAGAUUCCUAAUUUAGAGACCACCAAGAUUCAUUUCUUUUAAGAUCCAUUCAUUCAAGAUGAGAAAAAAAUUGUACUAGAAAGUGUUAAACGCAAUGUCCCUAACAUGUAAAUAGAGUCCAGAUCGGUUGUGACUACAAUUCAAGUUAGUAUUUAAACGUAGAGAAUUGCACUUCCUGGAAGAAAUAAAAAAGUAGUUAGUUUAAUUAUUCUGUAAAUUAUUUAAUUUUGUCAAGAUGUAAGUAUUUAUAUUCACAACCUCUUAUGUUAACAUUUGCUAUUUAUUUAACCUUUUUAUUUAUUAAUUUUGUACUGUUACAACUAGACCCCACGCCAGGACACCACGAGAGGGAAAUCAAUGAAAUCAAGGCAAAAUCCAUGAUUGGACUAUAAGAAAGGUCACAAAAAAAGUGUUGCUCUAACUUCUAUAUAUAGAAGUCUUCUUAUAAUUUUGAUGCAACCAACUUAUUUUUUAUAUAUUUUGUUAUUUAUUCUUUUAAUAAUGGAAUUUUUAAAAAAGUAUUUUGUAACUGAGGAAUUUUGAUAAUUUGGGGAUAUUUUUCCCUGGGUCCAGUGGAAAGAAAGACUUUCUGGUUUUCUUUGUCCCUUUGGUUCCUUUUGUUUCAGGCACGGCAGCAGCCCGUGGCGCGCCGCACUGUUCAUGUACUUCAGCGUAGCGCAGGCGUGUGCGCUCCGGCGUGCUCCUCGUGUGGCGUCUGUGCUGGUUCUCCGUGGCUGAGUUGUGCUGCUGUGAAGGAGUGCUGGCCGCAUGUGGCACCGAGCAGCUCCCACUCAUGGGCCCCCUGCCCCUCUGGCAGCUCCUAUACUGUGAUCCCAUUCCUCAGGAAAUGCGUGGAACCCACAGCACAGCACUUCUCGGCGUGUUUGCAGGGUGAUUUCCUAAUAAAAGUCCACUCUGACUGUACACAGGAGCGGUGUGUGCUAUGACGCCGGCCUCUGUCUCCUUCUUCCAUCCGG